AUGCUUGUAGUUGGAUGCAGGCAUCUGACCUGCUGCGUUGGCGCCAAGUCUGCUUGCUCACACCGGGGUAGAAGGACACGUCAACUGUUGACCUUGCGGGCAGCCCAGUUCCCAGAUGCUCUGGCAAACGAGUUGUCUCCCACGCAGGCCGCCUAUGUUGGGGAUCCCCUUUUCGGGCUUCACAGCACUUCGAAAGGCCGUGUGCUACAGCAGGCCAUUGUUCACACCUUGACAAGCUCUGAUGAUCCGGCCACUGUGCAAGAUGCAGCCCCCGGCUUGUGUGUAAACGGCAGCAAGAGAGCAGCUCACCAGAGUGAGUUUGACUUCAUGUAUGGCGGGCGCAGGGUGGAGUGCAAAGGAACAAGCCUGGCUUGGUCACGUGCUUGUCGCUCGUGGAGAGCCACCUGGGCAAACAUCAAGUUUGACAAGGCCUGCUUCGACGAUUUGUUUCUCGCUCUUCACACACCGGGGCAAAUAGAUGUUCUCCGGCAUGAUGGAACGGCAUUCGUCAGUGCUCAAGGAGCACGGACGGCAGGCCUUGGUCAUGUGGUGGUAGUUAGGGGCAGCACUGGGCUGGAGGAUGCGGGUCAGGCUUGCCAAGGGAUGCUCGAAAAGCUGCAGAAACGACCCAAUUCUUGCCAGAAUAUCGGGAGCAUUCGGACUGACAGCAGAUUCAUUGAGGACCUUUUGGCGAAGGAACGGCAAAACGAGAGUACUUCCUUGUUGUCAUACUGGUACAGAGGAGUCCCACUGUCUAACCACAGCCCAUGUUCACGCGGCCUUCGCUUGGAAAAAGUUGCCUUUGCUGUCGAUCAGAUGUUGCACCCGGGCAGCACUUUCAGUCGGGUCGUGCCGACUGUGGAUGAAGAGGAACAGCGGCACAGUGGGGGUCGCAGAGGUGCUGACUGGGUGCGAGAUCGCACUCGAGUCGAGUUCAAGUCCUCAAUGUUGAGGUGGGACUGCAACCAUAAGCUUUGGAAGGUACACUUUACCUGUAUCAAGUUUGCUACCCCGAGCGGCCUUGGCGAAGCUGACUGGAGCAUCUUUGACGAGCUCUGGGUUGGUCUGUACAGCCCGUUCGGGCUUUAUGUGGUUCAGUACUCAGGCACCUUCGGGCGUUCAACUAAUGGUGUGGCAACGGAUGUCAUCGGCCAUGACAUCAAGGUACUUGGGCCGAGGCAUGAGGAGAGCCCUCAUGCCGCUCUUGAAGUAAUACUGAGGAAGUUGAAUUCGUCCGGCUGCGAGCUGCUUGCUACCGUUACCUGGUGA